AUGAAGUCAGCCUGGACGAUCGCCGCCCUGUCGGGUCUGGUCGCGGCCGCAUCGGCCCGCCCAACAGCCCGCAGCGCGAGUACUUGGAGCCACCUGCGCCAGAACAUCAAGCAUGUCAUUUAUCUCACUCUGGAGAACCACUCUUUCGACAACAUCGCUGGCUACUGGGACUUUCAUCCGGACAUUGACAACUUGCGCAACAUCAACUACUGCAAUGAAUACACCAAUGCCAACUGGACGGUCUGGGACGAGCCUUUGGAGAUCUGCGCGGGACCAUUCGAAACGGAGGUCCCGCUCCUGGACCCGGAUCACAACUUCGCCGGCGUCACCUACGAGAUUUUCCGCAAGUGGAACGUCACCAAGGAUGAUGUGCCCAACAUGGGAGGUUUCGUCGAGCGCCAAUCGGAGAAGUACGAGGCCACUCCGGGUGACGCAGCGUUUGUGAUCAAGGCCUACGAUCAGAAGAAGACGGCCUUGUUGGCUGAAUUGGCCAAGAACUUUGCUUUCUUUGAUUCCUACUUUGCGGAGCACCCUGGUCCCACCAACGUCAAUCGCCAAUUCGCGACCUCGGGUUCAUCGUGCGGUUUCGUCGAUAACACCGACCAGUCGGCCGGGUUCUGGAAUAAUGUGACGGGCACUACAUGCGCCACAUCCAUCUUUGAAUCGCUGAGCAAGAAGAACAUUUCCUGGAAGAACUACUACGAGACAGACAUCGUCGAUGCAUUCAUGUAUAAGUGGACUCAAGACAACGCCAUGGACCACCUCGCCCACGCCGACCAAUUCUACCGCGACCUGGAAGAGGGUACGCUGCCCAGCUUCUCAUACAUCAACCCUGAGUGCUGCACCAUCGACUCAAUGCACCCAACUAGUCCCAUGGCAUCGGGUGAGCAAAUGGUCAAGCACCUGUACGAUGCGUUGCGCCGGUCUAAAUACUGGGACAGCGCUCUCCUGAUCAUCAACUUCGACGAGCACGGCGGCUUUGCCGACCACGUUCCCCCGCCCAUGAACGUGCCCCAGCCCGAAGACGGCAUCACCUUCAGCGGCACGUCCGAGGGCCACAACGUCACCUACGAUUUCACCCGUCUCGGCGUCCGCGUCCCCGCCUUCCUCAUCUCCCCCUUCAUUCCCGCCAACACCCUCAUCCACGACCAGGGCACUUCGUACGCUAGCAACUCUGCGUACACGCACAGCUCGUUCCUGCACUUCCUGCAGGAGCUCUGGGACCUCGAGGGCCUGAACAACCGCGUGCAGUGGGCGAAGACCUUCGAAGAGAUAUUCAGCACCUCGCGACGCACGGAUACUCCGGUCACGCUGGCGACACCCACCUGGGAGGGCGGCAGCGGGCAGCCAGAGCCCAGCUCGUUUUACCUGCUGAACCAGGAUUAUAGUUACUAUGCUGCGCUGGAUUAG